GGAGCAGCACCCCAACACCAAGGAGCAGCACCCCAACACCAAGGAGCAGCACCCCAACACCAAGGAGCAGCGUAAGACCCACCAGGCCAAAGAUGAGGACAAGGACGAGGACGACAAGGAGAGAACCACCGCCAUGGAGCAGGAAUCGGAGGCCUCUGUGUCCAUGGAGGGAGCGACGGGAUCGACGGAGAACACACUGGGUCCUGUGGAGGUCUCAGUGGACAUAGAAGCUGUGAGGAGAGUGUACGACAGACUCCUCUCCAACGAGAAGAUGGAAUCGGCCUUCCUCAACGCCCUGGUCUACCUAACUCCCAACGUAGAGCUGGAUCUAACCUAUCUAGACGUGUACGACACCAACCCAGACUACCUGAACAUCUUCAUCAUCGUGCUGGAGAACAGCAGCCUCCACAGCCCAGAGUACCUGGAGUUGGCCAUGCCUCUGUUCUGUAAGUGUAUGAGUAAACUCCCUCUGCCUGCCCUGGCCAAGCUGACGCGCCUGUGGUCUCAGUACAGUGUAGAGCACAUCAGACGCAUGAUGGAGACCUUUCAGCAGCUCAUCACCUACACGGUGAUCAGCAACGAAUACGUCAGCGACUGUCUGGUAAACGACGACGAGGGCGUUGUGGCGGCAACCAAGUGUCUGAAGCUGGUGUUCUACGCCAACGUGCUGGGAGGUGACCUCGAUACGGGCCACAACGAAGAGGAGGAGGAGCCCCCGUCCAGCGAGCUCACCCUGCAGGAGCUCUUGGGGGAGGAGAGGAGGAACAAGAACGGUCCCCGGGUCGAUCCUCUGGAGAAGGAGCUGGGCGUCAGGACCCUGGACUGCAGACGACCCCUCAUUCCCUUCGAGGAGUUUGUCAACGAGCCUCUGAACGAUGUUCUAGAGAUGGACAAGGACUUCACCUUCUUCAAGGUGGACUCGGAGAGUAAGUUCUCCUUCCAGAGCUGUCCCUUCAUCCUCAACGCCUGCACCAAGAGCCUGGGACUGUACUAUGACAACCGCAUCAGCAUGUACAGCGAGAGGAGGAUCACAGCGCUCUACAGCCUGGUACAAGGACAGCAGCUCAACCCAUACCUCAGGCUCAAAGUACGACGAGACCACAUCAUCGACGACGCCCUCGUCAGGUUGGAGAUGAUCGCCAUGGAGAACCCUGCGGACCUGAGGAAGCAGCUGUUUGUAGAGUUUGAAGGAGAGCAGGGCGUUGACGAGGGAGGGGUCUCUAAAGAGUUCUUCCAGCUCGUCCUGGAGGAGAUGUUCAACCCUGAUAUUGGCAUGUUUACAUAUGACGAGUCCACCAAGCUGUUCUGGUUCAACCCACCCUCUCUGGAGAACGAGGCCCAGUUCACCCUGAUAGGCAUCGUCUUGGGCCUGGCCAUCUACAACAACUGUAUCCUGGAUGUUCACUUUCCCAUGGUGGUCUACAGGAAACUAAUGGGGAAGUUAGGCACCUAUCUGGACCUGGCAGACUCACAUCCGGUUCAGUACCAGAGUCUGAGGGAGCUGCUGGACUACGAGGGGGAUGUGGAGGAGGACAUGAUGAUCACCUUUCAGAUCUCACAGACUGACCUGUUUGGAGACCCCAUCACUUAUGACCUGAAGGAACACGGGGACAAGAUACCUGUUAGUGUGGACAAUAGAAAGGAGUUUGUCUCUCUGUAUAGUGAUUACAUACUUAAUAAGAGUGUGGAGCGCCAGUUCAAAGCCUUCAGGAGGGGCUUCCAGAUGGUCACCAACGAGUCGCCUCUCAAGUGUUUAUUUAGACCUGAGGAAGUGGAGCUACUGAUCUGUGGAAGCAGGAAUUUAGACUUUCACGCACUUGAAGAAACAACAGAGUAUGACGGAGGCUACAACAAAGACUGUCGCAUUAUCAAAGACUUCUGGGAGACGGUGCAUUCGUUUGGUGAGGAGGAGAGACUGUUCCUCCAGUUUACUACGGGGACUGACAGAGCACCCGUAGGAGGGCUGGGCAAGUUAAAGAUGAUCAUCGCCAAGAACGGCCCCGACACAGACAGGUUACCUACUUCUCACACAUGUUUUAAUGCCUUGCUGCUCCCGAAUACGACACAAAGGAGAAGCUGAAGGAGAGACUUCUCAAAGCCAUCACUUAUGCCAAAGGAUUUGGAAUGCUGUGAAACAAAACAACUACUCUGAACAUAAAACAUAAAGUUAAAUGGUUUAAAUGUGUUAAUGGAUAAGGAGGGAGUUCUACCAUACAAUGAGACAUGAGUUCAACUUAAAAAGUGGCAUUACGACAAGGAAAUGUUCCAGUAGUGUGUGCCAAGAUAUCAAUUAGACAGACGCUUUGAUCUA